AUGGCUGCCACUGAGAAACGCCCCGAGAUCAUUGAGCUAGCUCGGGGACUUGCACGAGUGCCUAUGUGUGAGGACUACGAGCGUAUGAUCUCCGGCAUGAUGUACAACCCAACAGUUCCGAUACUGCAAGAGGCUCGGCAUGUGUGCCGGGGACUUAACGCGGAUUACAAUGGUUUGGACACCAAGACGGUCUCAUAUGACGAGGUCGGCGACAAGCGUCUUGAGUUAUUGCGGAAACUCGUCGGGAAAGUGGGCGAUGGGACAUUCAUCGAGCCACCAUUUAUGACAGACUAUGGAUGUAAUACCAUGAUUGGAAAGGACUGCUUCUUCAAUUGGAACGUUACUAUCCUGGACACCAGUCUAGUUGUCAUUGGCGAUCGUGUACAGAUUGGAACUGGGGUCAGUAUCAUCACGGCUGGCCAUGAUACCAGCAUUCUGUCGCGCCGCAAGUUCGUUGAAUUCGGUCAUCCGAUCUUUAUCGAAGACGACUGCUGGAUUGGAAGUAAUGUGAUUAUUCUUCCCGGUGUGCGGAUCGGCCAGGGCUCAACAAUUGGAGCCGGGUCUGUUGUCACAAAGGAUAUCCCGCCUUUCUCUGUCGCUGUUGGAACCCCUUGUCGUGUGAAGAGGACGAUUCAAUCGGCGGAAGAAGAGGAGCAAGAUCCUAAUAAUCAAUACCGCAGUUUGGUUCGUGGGGAUUGA